UUAUCAUGCACAACUCUCAGUCAUGCUAGAGAUUUAAUGGUGAAACAUCUUGUCCGUUCCGUGCCAUUGACGGACGCGCAUCUUAGAGCUUCAGUAGCAGCUGUAAUUGGGAUAGACAGCCACCAAUUUCAAAGCAUAGGCACUGAUGAAUUACAUCUGUAUCUUGAAAGAUUGAUGACUAAUGCAUUGAAAGAUUUUAUUUUAACCGGGAGCAAUGCUUUUAGUGGGAACCGUAGCUUUGCUUCUUCAGACACUCAGUCGAGUCUGUGUAUGACUAGCUUAGAAGGUAGUUUUACCAAGUCUGCAGUCCAAGAACUUGGUAGGAGGCAACUGGAAGUGUCCUGCAUAUCAGCAGCAGAAACAGGCUUAGAUGCUCUCUCCAAUAUGAUAACAAAGAGCAAUAUGAUUCAUGAGCAUGGAACUACGUUAUGGAAGGAAUGGCACAAACAACAACCGCCACAACGGUUGACUACUUUUAUAACCGAGGAAAGACCUGUUGAACCUGCUGUUUGGAGUCAAUGGAAGUUGAGAAGCCUCUCAUAUUUGCUCAACAAGAGGACAAUUAGGCUGGUUUCUGGUGCCGCUUUGCUGUUUUCAGCACCAAAGCAACAAUGGAUUCAGGUGAUUGAACGAAUGGCUGUACUUGCUGACACUGAUGAAUUCUAUGAAAAGAUAGAGCUUUUGUUGUUAGGAAGCAUUGCCCACAAAUGGAGUUCAUUAGUUGAAAAGUUCAUGUCAAGUUCCUAUGAAUGUCUCACCGUCUUCAAACUAUUCCAAGAAGUGCAGAACUUUCUUUCUGGAAGAUUGCAGAACCUUUGUUGUGAAGAGAACAUGUUAACAGAGGAAAAAGGUGCUCUCGAAUAUUUAGAAGGUCUUUUAGGCAAUCAGUUUCAUCAUUUCUGGAAAAUGUCUCCUGUCCUUCUAGCAAUGGCCAUUCCUUCCAGGUCAAUGUUGUUCAGAUUAUAUCUAAUUGAGCUAGAGCAUCAGAUGAGAGGGGAUUCCUCAGCAAUUAGAUGUUGUAGUUGUAUGAUGGAUGGCAAAAACCACGGGGAAUGUGAAAUAGCUGAGAGAAUUUGGUGCCUCUAUAUUUUCCAUGCCUCUGGUACCUGAAAAACCUUAUAGCAUGGUGUACUCAACAUAUGAAUCUGAUCAAGCGGACCAAUUUAAGCCCUGAGGAUGGAUGGUUAGCACUCCUUUUCCUCUUUAUUUAUUUUUUUGAUUGUGUAAGAGUGGACCUCAUCCAUCUUUGUCUUUCACGAGAAGCCCCAGCCACAUCAUGGUGUUAAUGACAAUGAAAUGUCAGGAUC